CGUUUGUUUUUAAAUUUAAUUCUAAUUGUUUGUCCCUUUCCAAUAGUUCAAUGUCACAAAUUGAUUGUUUUAAUUGUCCCUUUGUUGGUUUGUAUCCUAUUAGAGUUCCCAAUCAGAUGGUCAUUUGAUUUUCUUUGUUUCCUUUUUUUGAAUUUUUCUCUGUCGCUGUUUCUUCAUUUCGAGCUUAUUUUUCUGGGCCUCACAUUGGAAAUUGAUUGAAUUAAUUUCAAAUGCGAACCAGACAAUUAAAUUAUCCUGUUACCUGUUAAUCAACUGCUUCUAAUUAUAUGAUUUUGAUUAACCAUGGACGAGAAAGAUAAAUCAGCGGUGACCAGAAUCGCCCGAAAUGAGCUUAUACUGAACAAUAUAUUCAUUCAUCUGGACCAGAAGAGCCUUGACCAGUGCCUUUCAGUUUGUCGUCAAUGGUAUUAUUUGGCAAAAUCUGUCGAUCGAUCAAAGAGGAAAAUUUUCCAAAUAAUCUCAGUCUUUCUAAUUGAUCGAUUCAAUUCACUCUACAUUGAAAGAUCGCGAACAUUAAGUCUUGCAAAUCCCAUCGGGAGUAUCGUCGAUUUUGAUACAAGAUCAAUAAUCAAAGGACCAGAAAUUUUCGAGUAUCAAUUCUUAUUCACCUUAAAGAGAUCAUAUUCUCAACCUAAAUGUUUGAUUCUCUUUGAAGGUAAUAAUGUUAAAAUUGGUAAAAAACGUCGUUGGAAACGAGCCAAAGUGAUCAACACUAUUCGCUCAAGUUUACCUCAUGAUUGCGCUGUUAUUGGGAUCGACGCUCAUUAUGGGAUAAUUGGUGAAGAUUCAGAGUCAACAUUAAGCCGAUACAAAGACCCGAUGACAAUAAGCUAUGAUUUAUGUGGCCUAUUUGGUAUCUCUUGUUUCAUGCUACCCAAAUACGAAGGUGUGACAAUAACAAUCUUCGAACGGGCAACCGAUGAAUUAGAGGAAGAUUUUAAUUUUCCCGAUGAUGUUAAAGCGGUCAUACUUUUCUCAUCUGGAGUUGGUCAUCAUGGUAAUUAUUUGGCCCAUUCUCAGGUUGAUGCGAUUUUUGACCAUUUUCAGGGUCAACUGGCCUUGGGAGGAGCUCAGGUUAAUGAUAAACUGGUCACUAGACAACCGACUGUCCUUUACUAUUCCGAUGAUACGGCCAACUUUUACUUCAUCAACGGACCUCCACCUUAUAAUUCAAUGUUUAAUCCAAAGAAAAUGUCACUCAUUGGAAUACAAUUCAGUGGAUCAAAUUGUUCAGCAGCAAGUUUAUCAAUCGAUCCAUUGGUUUCAAAUGAUUAUAAUGACGGUGAUUUGAUUAUGAAAGAAUUGGACCACAUUGAGGCGACACUGAUUGAAUUUAGGUCCAACCUAACAUUUGCUUGUGAUACAAUCGGCUCAUGUAAUGAGUCAAUCGCAUUUCUAUUUUUUAAUUUUGAUUCUUAUCGUCGUUAUGUUAAUCAUACUAAUGAUGUUAAUUCAGGAGUUUCCAUUUUCCAUAAAGUCUUUCCAAAAACCCAUAUAACGGGUGUCCUUUGUCACGCUCAAUAUCAACACAAUUACACAAAAAGCCAGAUGAAUCAAGAAAAUCUUCAACAAUUAGAUUAUCAGCUGAAACAAAUGGACAUUAAUCUCAAUUUAACUAAUCAAUCAUUAACUAAAUCAGAUGAAUCGAAAUCAACAAAUACAAGCUUAUUACCAUCUCCACAAGGUAUUGCCAGUUUUGUGAUCAUAAACAUACAAAAAUAAAAGUACAAAAUCAACUAAA